AUGUCCUCACACCCGCAAGCGGCACCGCUUAUUCAAAAAAUGCGAAAAUCUUCAUUGAGAAUCGCCAAGGUUCGAUCGAUUUUUCGUCUGAAAAGCAAAUUAGCAAGGAAUUGUUUGUCCGAGUUUUUGGGAACAGCAAUGCUCUUGUUCCUUGGUCUCUCGGUGAGUAUGCAAUUCAUCUUAUCGAAUGGGGUGAUCAAUUCGUGGUUUCAUGUCAAUUUCGGCUGGGGUCUCGCGUUGACUUUCUCAGCUCUAGCAACGUAUCAGACAUCGGGCGGUCACCUCAACCCAGCGAUCUCUUUAUUGAUGGUGACUCUUGAAAACAAUUGUACCGCUUUCUUUGAUCAGAUUGCCGGAACUGGUGUACUUGCUUUUUGUAUCUGUUUGUGCAUCGAUCGAAGGAAUAAGGUGCCCGUCUUUUUGCAGCCACUCUUCUUUGGGCUUGUUUUGACGAUGAUUGGCUGUUCCCUUUCCCUCAACGUUGGCUAUCCGCUGAAUCCAGCGAGAGAUCUCGGGCCUCGUCUCUUUGCCGCUUAUCUUUAUGGAAUCGAAGCGUUUAGUUAUCACGAUUGGUAUUUCUGGAUUCCCUUGGUUGCUCCUUGUAUCGGCGCCAUUGUCGGAGGAUGGGCUUAUCAGAUUUUUAUCGGCAUUCAAAUCGAUGAUGAUCACGAGGAGUACGAGUUGAAAGUUUCAAAU